CGGGGCUCUGGUGGCGUCCGCCACGGGGCAGCCAUGUCGGUGGCUUUCGUGCCGGAGAAGCUGCGGAGCAAAGUGGAGGUGACCCCGGAGACGUUGCAGCGGCUGCUAGAAGAAAAUGAUCAAUUGAUUCGGUGCAUUGUCGAAUAUCAGAAUAAAGGAAGAGCUGCAGAAUGUGUGCAGCACCAACACACUUUGCACAGAAAUCUGAUUUACUUGGCUACUAUUGCUGAGGCAUCUCCAUCUCCUGGUUCAGAGAAGACAGCAGACAGUGUCUGAGCACAAAUGCCUGCCUGGAGAAAGUAUGAAGAAGGGUCUGGAAGAGUCAGCAGUCUAGGAAAUGCCAUGUCUCUGGUGAUAUCCAGCUGAAUUGUGCUGCUUUGUCAGUAAAUAAGCUUUUUGUGCCCCCAGAAAGAAGUGACAGGACACACAGGAUUAACACGAGGCACUGUAUGCUGUCUAAAAGAGUGUGAUAAAAGGUUUGCCAAGUGUGCUUGUUAGAAUGCUAUGCAAAAGUGUUAAGCCCAUUCUAUUAUCUAGUAAGGACCAGGAGAUGUUGCGAUGUAAUAACUUGCUGCUGUUUGAGAGAUAAGAUUUGCCCUACAGACAUUUAGUACAGGGAGCCAUGAAACAGACUAAGAGCAGGCUAGGGCUUACGGUCAAUUUUUCACUCAACCUCUGCUUAUUCAAUACAGUAGCAUAAUUAUGCUGUGCUACCAGUAGAGGGCAACACUGGACUGAAAUAUUUUCCCUUCCCCCUUAUAAAGGCUGUAUUGAUUUUUAGUCUACAUCAUGGGAUCAACAAUAAAACUCUGUGCAAAUCUGAUAUUAUGGCAUUGUAUUCCCCCCCCCCCAGCAGCAUACCUAGGGGGCUCAGUAAUGGUUUUGUAAACAACCCCCCUCCCCCAAUUUAGAAUUCUAGUAACUAUUUAAGGUGGCUGGCACCAUCAUCCUUACAAGAUGGCAAUGAACCAACUUAGCAUAGCCAUGGUCUACAGAGAUAGAACACCCCUGCUUCAGACUACCAGUUGGUUGUUGCUCUCCUAAUACGGUAACACAUGUAUUCUAGGCAAGGCUCUUCCCCCAGGAGCAGAGCUCAUACACAGUCAUUUUAAAGCUGCUAAAUGAUACCUCCAGCAGCAGCUCAUAUAGCAAAGGAGAAAUUGCUCCUUUAUAGAAAGUACUCACAGUUGCUAAAAAUGCUAAGGUGGUUCAGGGAUGCCAUUUACUGCUGCUGCUCUCAAUAAUAGAGAGAGCCAGUUUGGUGUAGUGGUUUAGUGCACGGACUCUAAUCUGGGAGACCCGGG